AUGUUACACGUUCACUUAGACAAAUCAAGGAAAUUUCGACAAUUUCAUUCGCACAGUAACUCUUCUGCUCGUGUGCUUGGCUAUGAGGCUGCCCCUGGUGAUCUAUAUCAACUGUUAGUAAGAGAAUUCCGGAAGACUUUAAGACUGCUUAAUCAACAAAAUAUUAUUCAAAAUUUUCAGGUUGCAUUCGCCACACUUGUAUCAGUCUGCUUGGCUGACAGACUGCCCAGUCACUUCGGCUAUGCCUCUCCACAGCCUACUUCAGCCUUCAGCCACAGGUCGCGACCUGCAUCUCGCCCUUCCUUUUCCGCCCCAAGACCUGCUCCCCAGCCAACCUACUCCGCACCGAGAUCUGCUCCUGGCCCAGUAGUGCCCAUCCUUGUGGACGACCGCGUCCACCCAGACGCCGGCGCUUACAGCUUCAACGUUGAGACCGGUGACGGCAUCUCACGCCAGGAAAGUGGAUCGCCUAUUCCCGCCAAGGAGGGUCCCGUCACAGCCAUGUCUGGAUCCUACUCCUUCACCCUCCCUGACGGACAACUGUUUGAGCUUCGCUUCGUAGCUGACGAGAACGGCUUCCAGCCUCAGUCGCCCUUCCUUCCCGUGGCGCCAGCCUUCCCUCAUCCCAUCCCCGCCCACGCCCUUAGGCAAAUCGAACGCGCCCGCCAAGGGCCUUCUCAGGGAUACAGCGCCCCUUCUCGCCCCUCUCGUCCUUCUAAUUCCUAUGGCUUUCCGCAGUAAAGCUUUUUAGUGGUAAAAAUGUCACGAUAAUAUUUCAAGUUAUAUUAUUUAUAACGACCUUAAUGCUCUGUACAAUGUUAUUACAUUUAACGAAUUGUUUCUA